AUGUUGACAAGCGCAUGGCUCACUCUGGCUUGCUCCUCCCUUGCUGCGGCCGGCGAGGCUUUCGAAAGAGGGAUCUUGGUGCUGACACUCUCACUGCCCGAUGGCUUCGGCGACAUCGCCUUUGGCCGCUGUGCAGUAGAGGAGCUGCGAGAAAUUGCGCGGGUGACAUGGGUGAGGGUCUACUCCUCCGGCUUCAGCAAGGAAACUGGCGAGAGGCUGGCAGGCCAAAGCGACGACUCCUUGACCUUCGACAGCUACGAGGCUUUCGACCAGCAUCUCGCAGAAGGACACCUCGACAAGAUUUGGAUCCGGGCUCAUGAGAUCUUCCUGGCCCCGUGGAUCUUUGGUCUCGGUGGAGAUGGCAUCCUGGCUCUUUCCAGCCGCCUUCAGCGGCCCUUUUGGGCCCUGUCUGAGUAUGGCCGCGGUAUGGGCAAUCUCCAUGGCUACUCGUCCGGACUGGGUCGCUGGGUUCCGAGUGGCUGGCCCAUGCCAGACACUCCAACAGGUGGAGUUUUCAAGACGAUCCUGAAGUCGGUUGGGACCGGGGCUGAUUGGCGCCGCCACUUCCAGGACCUUCUCGGAUUGCUGGAGCCUCCAAGGCUUUGGUGGGCCUACGGCCGGCGAGAUUCCGCGCACGUCCAUGCGUUCCGCCUUCUCACAGCAGGGAACACCUCCGCCUGGCCCACCGCAGUCAAGGUGAUCCCCCUCGGCUCGGACGGCACACUCGCCAAGGGAGUCGCAAAGACGAAAGGCGACCUUCUCCGCGAGCAGAUUGAUGAAGUGGUUCAGGACGGUCCGAGGCAACCUGCCGGUAGCCCAGAGCCGCUGAAUGAGGUGGCUGCUGGCAGUGCUGGGCAGUUGUCCCAUCUGCUGGUGCACGUGCUGUCGCAGCCAAUGGUCGGACCGGAAGUGAUCGUCGCACCAAGUGCAGGCCUUCAAAGUUGGGCAGAGGGAGACGUGGUUCGAAUCGCUUCCCUGGAGCUGGUGAGACCGGAUGGCGAAGCUACUGUGCUCGAUCCAAACAGGGAGGUCUUUCUGGUCUCCGUCGCCAUACCGCGCGAGGAGAUGCGCGACUUCCUUGAGCAGUGUGAACGAGAAGUUGUGGCCACCGGCGACCAAAGCGUUGCCGAAGCAGUCCUGCUUGGAAAAAUUCCGUUCGUCGCGCCGGAUGCCAAAGUUGCUUCAUGGCGAGCUGCACUUGCGGCGGCCGCAACAGGCAUCGAGACAGUGCCC